AAAUUUCUCUCUCUCUACUUUCUCUCUCUAAAUCACAAAGAGAGAGAAGCAAAACCAAACCCAAAACUCGCAGCGCCCUUUUCCUUGGUUUCUCCCUUCUACCAUGAAAAUCUGAACAAAAUUUUCUCUCUAUCCAAACAAGAAAAUUAAACAUGUCUCACGCAGUAUUCCAAACGGCCCUAAUGAUGCCCAUCAACACUCAGAUCAUCCCAACCACCAAAACCUUAUCAGCAAAGCCCCUCUUUCCCCCAUUCAAGCCAGUUUUCCGGCCGCCGGUGCCUCUUAUCGCCUCCGUCAAGGUCCAUAAAUGUUUUGUGGUGAAGGCUUCGUCGCCGGCGGUGGUUGACGGAGAUUCCAUAGCUGGAUUGGAACGCUGCUUCAGAGAAUCCCCACCGUCUGAUUCAUCGUCGUCGUCGUCGACUGCUUCUUCGUCGUCGGUGAUGUACAGUCCGGUUAUGAAGGGAGAGUAUGGUGCUUUCGGUACGGUCACUCUUGAGAAGUCAAAGCUCGAUACGUCGCAGAAGCAGCAAAUGAGGUCCAGUCCUGAGACUGCAAUUGGGGGAGGCGGUGGUGACAUUGGCAAAAGAAUCAAUUUUGGUGGUGGUGACGGAGGUGAUGAUGAUGGUGACGACGAUGAUUACUUUGAUGACUUUGAUGAAGGUGAUGAUGGCGAUGAGGGCGGACUGUUUAGGAGGCGGAUUGUUCUUCAAGAGCUUUUUGAUCGAAAAUUUGUUGAUGCGGUAUUGAAUGAGUGGCAGAGGUCAAUGAUGGACCUGCCUGCUGGACUCCGACAAGCCUAUGAAAUGGGUUUGAUCAGCUCAGCUCAAAUGGUAAGAUUUCUAGCAAUCAAUGCGAGGCCAACCACUGCUAGGUUUAUUUCUCGAGCACUUCCUCAAGGGAUAUCUAGGGCAUUCAUUGGCAGGAUGAUCGCAGAUCCUGCAUUUUUAUAUAAGCUCCUUCUCGAGCAGGCUGCUACAAUUGGUUGUUCUGUUUGGUGGGAGUUGAGAAGUCGCAAAGAGAGGAUAAAGCAGGAAUGGGAUCUUGCACUCAUGAAUGUUCUCACAGUGACAGCAUGCAAUGCAAUUGUUGUUUGGUCGCUUGCCCCCUGUCGUUCAUAUGGGAAUACGUUUCGAUUUGAUUUGCAGAACACAUUGCAAAAGCUCCCAAACAACAUUUUUGAGAAGAGUUAUCCACUUAGAGAAUUUGACUUGCAAAAGAGAAUCCACUCUUUCUUCUACAAGGCUGCAGAGCUGUGUAUGGUUGGAGUUGUAGCUGGAGCAGCUCAAGGUGGUUUGUCAAAACUUUCUGCCAGUAAAAAGGAGGGAAGGUUAUCCGUGACAAUUCCAACUGUGAGUAGUAAUGCGCUUGGUUAUGGAGCCUUUGUUGGUCUAUCCAAAAACCUGUUUAAUCAGCUUUUAUGUGGAAUUGAUAGAACAAUGAUGAACCAUUUUGAUGUUAUCGGAGUGGCACUAAUUUUUAGCACGGCCAUGAGGAUUUCAAACGUUCAGUUAGGAGAGACAUUAAGGCGGGCUUGGCUUGGAGUGGAGGUGGAUCCACUGGCUCAGUCAGAUGAUCUUUUGAAGGCUUACAACAGGCCGUCCGAGGCAGUUGCUCAGCCUUCUUCAAAUUGGUUCAUAUCCAAGAAUGCCAUUGUUUCUGGGCUUGGUCUUCUUGGCAUCAAACAGGGGCAGACCGAUUCUGUUGCCGCGGGGGAGGCACCACCUCCUAAGGCUAGGAGAAAGAGAAUUGUCAGGAAAAAGGUGGCGACGAGUUGAACAUAGCUAGUCUACAUGUAGUUACCAUCAAAUGUUCAUUUUUGCUGCCUGAUGAUUUGACCUAGACUUGCUCCAUAACCCAUGAACUAAAAGCAGCUGAGAGAUGUUCGAUGAUAAUCCUAGGUAGAGGUUCAUCAUUAGGCACGUGUUGUUCAACUGUAAUGAGAAAAUAUCCGGGAAGAUUUUUUAUUUUUAUUUUUAUUUUUAUUUUUUUUACCCCCUUCAUUUCCUCAUAGUUUUUAGUAGAUUAUUGUUUUGACGAUAUGAAAGUACUGUAUUUUGGAUUGCAUUCAUCUGAAUUCUUUGUCAAGUAGAUUAUCCGUUGAGAAUUGUAUCCAGAUGGUUUUGUUUUUAAAAGCAGGAAAAAGAGUUGUGUUUUACUAGUA